AUGUCCUCGAUAGGGCCACAACUUCCAUCUCAAACCUCUGCGAAACGCAAGCGUACCCCCGAACCCAGCGACGACCAUGGCACGUCCCCUCCCAAACAGGCGCGUCACAACGCCGACGAGAUAGACCUCGACGGCUCCGACUCUGAUGAUGACGAUUAUGGCCCCCGCGCGCCUGGUACAGCCACAACAACUUCCAAGCCAUCGCUAGGUCCUUCAUUGCCAUCCUCAGCCGCUGCGCCGACAGCCUCCAAGCCGUCGCUAGGCCCCUCAUUACCACCCUCAGCCGCCACCGCCGCCGCAGCGCAUAAUCAAGACGAGAUUGGCCUCGACGACUCUGACUCCGACACUGGCCCCGCGCCGCCACCACAACCUGCAGCAGCAGCAGCAGCACAGCCAGAGCCCGACUCCGAUUCCGACUCUGACGACGACUACGGCCCAGCCCUCCCCAGCGCAUCCAGCACGCGCCGCGGGCCCAUCGGCCCGGCCAUGCCCCCCGCGCAGGACCCCUCGGCUCCCGUGCGCGACGAGUGGAUGCUCGCGCCGCCCGUCAGCAGCGGCUACUCGGAGCGCGACCCGACCAAGCUCAAGGCGCGCAAGUUUGCCUCCAAGCCUUCCUCUGCCUCUGCCGGCGGCGACUCCUCCUCCUCCGGCCUCGCCGCCAUAUGGACCGAGACGCCCGAGGAGAAGCUCAAGCGCCUGCAGGACGCCGUGCUCGGCCGCUCCGACGGCAGCGGCAAGUCGGCGGGCGAAGCGGCCGCCGAGGACGCCCGCGCGCGCGAGGACGGCGAGAAGAGCCGCAGGAUCGCAGAGGCCAUUGCGGCGCGCCGCGGCAGGAGCCUCUACGACGAGCACCAGUCUGAGAAGGAACGGGACGCCGGGAGGAGGAAAGGUGGGGAGAAGGACGGGGAGGAAGAGGACGACCCGAGCAAGAGGGCGUUUGAUCGCGAAAAGGACAUGGCGCUGGGGAGCAAGAUUGGGACGGCGCAGCGCAGGGAGCUGGUGGCCAAGAGCGCGAAUUUCGGGGGGCGAUUCCAAAAGGGUUCUUUUUUGUAG